GCUUUCACUUCCUCCUGCAAGAGCCGACGAAUCUCCGGGUGUCGGGCCAUCAUGGCGCUCCUGGACGUGUGCGGAACCUCGGGAAGCUGCCAAGAGGAAUGGACCGUCCCGGCGGCAGGAAGCAAGUCUGGCUCGGACCCGGGACACUACACCUUCUCCCUGCACUCUCCGGAGCUCGCCCUCCCGCGGGGGAUGCAGCCUACUGAGUUCUUGCAAUCUGUGGCCCAGCAUGGAGACAGAAGAGUGCAGAUCGAGAUGGCCCACGGCACCACCACACUUGCCUUCAAGUUCCAGCAUGGAGUGGUGGUUGCUGUGGACUCCCGUGCCUCGGCGGGGAGUUACAUUGCCACCAUCAGGGUGAACAAGGUGAUUGAGAUUAACCCUUACCUGCUGGGCACCAUGUCUGGCUCUGCAGCGGACUGCCAGUACUGGGAGAGGCUGCUGGCCAAGGAAUGCAGGCUGUACUACCUUCGGAAUGGGGAGCGCAUCUCCGUGUCAGCUGCCUCCAAACUGCUCUCCAACAUGAUGUACCAGUACCGUGGCAUGGGCCUCUCCAUGGGCAGCAUGAUCUGCGGCUGGGACAAGAAGGGCCCCGGACUCUACUACGUGGAUGAGAAUGGGACGCGGCUGUCAGGAACCAUGUUCUCCACUGGCAGUGGGAAUACAUACGCCUAUGGGGUUAUGGACAGCGGCUACCGGCCGGACCUCAGCCCCGAGGAGGCCUAUGACCUGGGCCGCAGGGCUAUCGUGCAUGCCACCCACCGAGACAGCUAUUCUGGAGGCGUGGUCAAUAUGUACCACAUGAAGGAGGACGGAUGGGUGAAGGUGGAGAGCACAGACGUCAGUGACCUGAUGUACCACUACCGGGAGACCAUGCAGUGAUGCUGUGACCAUCGGCCAGGCUUCCUUGGCCCCUGCCUGGCCCACUCAAGGACCAGCACCAGCUUCAAGCCCAGGAGGAGGGGCUGCCAAGCGGCAGGGAACAGGCUUAGCAGGCUACAGGGGUGGCGGGUACACCCUUGUGUGUUUUCCCUGUCUAGGGAGCCCCCUGAAUGCUCCACUAAGCACAAUAAAGCAGAACGGUUAGCGAU